AUGAUUAGAGGCCUCAGCCAUGGAAAGUUCACUGGGGUUGUCCUCACCAAGUCAAUUGCGGAGAGCGUCUUCACAGCACGGUUGCUUUCAGCAUUGAGAGAGAAGAAGAUUGACAUUGAUGAGACAGUCAAAGCCAUGCACAAGGACAAGACUAAGAGAACACUUCCAGACAAGACCAGUGAGGCCACCAAGUUCGUUCAGCCAUUGGUGGAUAUGGUAAUGCAGCAAAUGCAGCUCUACCUCGUCACCAUUGAUCAAACAGCCACAGCCCCAAGCUCAGGUGACAACAAGGAGUUUCAGGACAUGCAACAGGACAACGCCAAGCUACGACAGAAAUUCCAACAGGCAGUUCCAAUUACACCGGUGACGCGCAGGUCUACAAAGAGAGAUGCACAACCAACAGCAUCAAGCCCGGAGGAGGAUGCAGAUAUUGAAGGUCAUGAUCAGCCGCUUCCAGUGCAAACAUCGGCAGGCAAGAAAAGGAAGACAACCAAUCCAGGCAAGGGUAAAGCCGACAUCCUCAACGAGCCCACAGACGUGUUGUCGGACAAUCUCCCCAGCAACAUCAACAAUACUAAAGCGUGGGUGGCUGCCAUACGAAAAGACCUCAGCAUCAGCGAACAGAAGCAUUUUGACUCCCACGUCAACAAGAUGCUCCAGGUCAUUGAGGACAAGAAGUUCAAGAAGGAUGAGCUGCAGACUAUGGCCACGAGAUGGGGACUCCCAUUCAGCAUGGCUAGCACCGCCACGCCGAAGAACCUGCAGAGCAUUAUUGUGGUCACCUUCACCGAAGUUGCAACCACAGUUGAUGAGCUCCAAGCAGUGAUGCAGUUCUUCCAGCUCCUUAUCAUUGAAGCUCGUCUGAACCACCCAUUCAUCACCAAGUUGCUGGUAAAGAAGACACAUGGCCUUGUGCCAGCCAAACACCGACCGUCGAUUCAACCAGGCAAUGAUACACUUGGAGUCAAGCUAUUCAAGAAGAUGCGUCGCCGCCUACAUCGACAACGUUCCCAAGAAGUACGACUGCUACCACAACUUCCGCAGAUGUGGGAGCUGCUGUAUGAUCUGGCAUCAGAUACGCUCAAGGAGUUCGAGACCAGCAAACUUCUCCGCAGUGGCAAAUAUCCAUCAGACAUUGGAUUGGUUCUUUACAGACUUGCAAAUCAUUUGGAAUAA